GUACCUGUCCCAGGGCACCUGUCCCGGCAGCCAAUCCCGGCGCGGCCGCCCCACCUGUGCGAGCGCUGCCAUAAAUCAAACACCUGGCAGGCAAUGUCUGUGUGAGCAGCCCGAGCAGAGCCAGCGCUGCUGAGCACACACCGCGGCGAUGUCCAAUGAGCUGGAUUUCAGAUCCGUGCGUCUGAUGAAGAAUGACACCAUGAACUUCCAGAAAUUCCCCUACACCAGCGAGGAUGAGGCCUGGAAAACCUACCUGGAGAACCCCCUGACUGCAGCCACCAAGGCCAUGAUGAGGGUGAACGGGGACGAUGACAGCGUGGCCGCCCUCAGCCUCCUCUACGACUACUACAUGGUGCCCAAGGAGAAGAGGAUUCUGCCAGCUGGAAUGAUGGCACGCAAUGACCUGGCAAAGAGCAGGCACUGCCACGGGAUGGAUUAUGAGCCUGAGCUGCCCUCCUUCGAUGGCUCAGCCCAUCUCAUGAAGCUGCUGUCAGAAAACGUCUCCAUGAGCCAGGAGUUCUGCGAGCCUCCCAAGAAGAACGGCCUGAGUCUCGAGGGUGUCCCUGCUCCUCACAAGGCAGCCCUGCUCCCUCCAGGCACCAGCAAGCUGGAAGCCACCCCAGACAACUUUCUGGUGGCCCCUGGGGACGUGUAUGACAGCAGCUCCCUGAACUCCCUGUUUGAGAGCCUGCCCAUGGCCCCGGCCCAGCAGCGCUGGCAGCCCGACAGCACCUUCAAGGAGGACCCCCAGGAGACGCUGCUCUUCAGUGACAUCCUCAAACCCCAGCCAGAGCCACCCUGCCCCGAGAGCUACCCCACAGAUGGAGUGAAGAGUGACUUUGAAUACACGCUGGGGUCACCCAAAGCCAUUCACAUCAAAUCUGGGGACUCUCCCAUGGCCUACCUCAACAAAGGACAGUUCUACCCCAUCACACUGCGGACAGCUGGAGACAGCAAAUGUUUGCACUUGUCCUCAAAUAAAGUGAAGAGCGUGGUGAUGAUUGUGUUUGACAAUGAGAAGAUCCCCACGGAGCAGCUGAAGUUCUGGAAGCACUGGCACUCCCGGCAGCCCACGGCCAAGCAGAGGGUCAUCGACGUGGCUGACUGCAAGGAGAACUUCAACACCGUGCAGAACAUCGAGGAGCUGGCCUACAACGCCCUGUCCUUCGUGUGGAACAUCCACGAGGAGGCCAAGGUGUUCAUUGGGGUGAACUGCCUGAGCACAGACUUCUCCUCUCAGAAGGGAGUGAAGGGGGUCCCCCUGAACCUGCAGAUCGACACCUACGACUGUGGCAGUGGCAGCAGCCAGCUGGUGCACAGGGCUGUCUGCCAGAUCAAGAUCUUCUGUGACAAGGGAGCAGAGAGGAAAAUGAGGGAUGAUGAAAGGAAGCAGUUCAGAAGGAAAGGAAAAUGCCUGGACUCCAACAACAAUGGUCUGAAAGGCUGUUUGCUCUCUGGCUUCAGAGGGAAUGAGAUCACCUUCCUGCGGCCCGAGAGCGACCUGGAGACGCAGCCGGUGCUGUUCAUCCCCAACGUGCACUUCUCCGCCCCGCAGAGGUGUGGCUCGGUGCUCCCUCCUGCUGUUCCCAACUCUGCAAACAGGCUGCCCCUCAAGCGGAGCGGGGCCUCCUUCGCCGACGACUUCGAGGCAGUGCCCCCAAAGCACAGCAAGGACGAAGAUCCCCAGAGAGUGCUGCUCUACGUGCGCAGGGAGUCCGAGGAGGUGUUUGAUGCUCUCAUGUUGAAGACCCCGGAUCUGCAGGGCCUCAGGACAGCUAUUUCAGAAAAAUAUGGGCUUCCUGAAGAAAGCAUUUAUAAAGUCUACAAAAAGUGCAAAAGAGGGAUCCUGGUGAACAUGGACAACAACAUCAUCCAGCACUACAGCAACCACAUGGCCUUUCUGCUGGACAUGGUAGAGGCAGAGAACAAGUUCCAGAUCAUCCUCAAAGAGCUCUAAAGAGCUGCAGGCAGCACUUCCUGGCACUUCUCUCCGAGCUGGCACGUGUGACCCCACAGAACUCAGCCCUGUGCCCGCUCUUGUUGCCUUGACUUGAACCCCACGGCCCCAGGGCCGGGCCACAGACUGCUGUGAGAUCAUCCUGUGAACGUGGAACUUGGCUCUGUUGAGUUUAUUAUUAUUAUUAUUAUUUUUUAUUAUAUUUGAUUCCCUUCUGGCAGCGGGCCUGAGCUGCUGUUUCAGAGCUGGGCACACGAAGUGACACUGCCAGGCCUGGGCAGAGAGCAGAGCUGGUGGCCCUGGCAGUGAGUGAUGCCAGCCCAGGCCUUGGCCUCUCCACAGACCCUGCAGAGCUUUCCCAGCAGGGCUGAGCCUGGCUCUGAGCUCCUCUCUGGCACAGAGACUCUCCCAGCUGCAGUCACAGCUCUGCUGAACGGACACUGCCUGCUGAACACCCUCCCUGCACAUCUCUGACUGUAAAUACCACGGAGGCCUCCACAACCCCUGUUUAUACAUUUCUGUGUUGUUCCUUUUGUAUUUUAUAUGUGUAUAAAUAUGCAUUGUUUUAUACUGGACUCAGUAUGGUGACACAGAGCAUUUCAAACACAGGCUGCUUCACAUUUCUCCGUGAACUCCUUUUGUAACUGUGUUGUUGGUUGUGUUGUUUUGGAUAUUCUGUAGUAAUAAAGGCUCAAGGACUGAAAAUGAA